AUGAGAUUGACCGACACCAUUCUCGUUGCCCUCCUGGCGUCGCUGGGCUUGGCCUUAGUCCUCCCCAAGGAUGAUAUCAAGAAGGAGGUUGUAGAACACAAGUACAAUGAUGCCGACCCCCAUGAGAACAACUUUCACGGCUACGAAAAGAUCACCAAGAUCACUUCACACCGAUACUAUGGACCCAAGGACCACAAGCAUCAUCAUGAAGAGAAGGAGUAUGACGACGACGACGAUGAUGACGAUGACAAGGAAGAACAUGUUCACCACUCCCAUAAAGUAAAGGAGAAGCACAAAAAAUAUGGCCAUCAUCAUAAGAGCAAGAAGCAUGAUGAUGAUCACAAGAAACAUCACUCCCAUGACUUCAAGAAGAAGCAACACGAUCAUGGUGAAGAAGACUACGACGAGGAGGAGGAUAAGGAACGUAAACUCAUCUUCCACACAGACGAGUUCAAGAAAGCCAAGAAGAAAACCGAGGAGAAAUUCCCAUUCCUCAAAGAUGUUGAGUCGGAGACCCCCAAGUCCUACCACAAGCACAAACACAAAUAUGAACAGAAGCAUGAUAAGGAAGAGAAGAAGGAACAGACCAACUCGAAGGAUGGCAAACUGUACAAGUUUAUUCAUCGAGGUGGAAUGGACGUCAAGCGCGAUGUCGACAUCAACAUUCAUGCUCCAACCUACGAGAUUCAUCACGAUUCCGACAAGAAGCAUGAUCAUGGCGACGCCAAACUUGUCAAAAUCUUUCGUGUAAGCUCGCAAGAGUCGACUCAUGAAACGAAGUAUCCCAAGUACAAGCAUGAUGACGAGCAGAAACACAAGAAGCCGACAAAGGAGUACCAUUCCCUUCCUAAGUCUCUCUAUCAGGACGAAAAAUCGAAACAUUCUGGUGAACUCUACAAGGAAAACCAGACUCAAACUGCUAAGAAAGCCCAUUCCCUUCUUAGGCCUCACCGUGAGCAUAUCAAGUCUAAGCACUAUGAUAGUCACGACAAGGGUCACUUUGGAAGUGAAAAGAAGUACCCCCAGUCAAGCAAAGGUCACAAUCACACUGAAGGGCACUGCCCCAAGCCUGUUGUGGAAGCUACCAAAAGGAUUCUCGACCUGAUCGACCUUUUUUUCAAAAAAGAUAAUGGGCACCAUGGCUCUCCCAAAAAGCCAUCCUAUCAGUAUAAAUCUUAUCCUUCUCAUGAUUGCUCUGAUAAUGACCACCCUAGCCCUCACAACAAUCGCUACCCCGAUGACAAGAAACCCCAUUCGAGGCCAUCAAAGGACACUCACCAUCAUUAUAAGCCCAAGAAUGGAUACAAGAAGUCUAAUCAAGCAGAGGAUAGGCAAAUUGGUGAAGAGAAGAAGAAAGCACUGCAAAAAAUCAUUGAAUCCCUCCUCGACCUUCUUCCUGUCAAGAAGGCAGCCCCUGAAGACCGUUCCAAGAAGUCUAAGCCAUCCGAAGACGAUCAGGACUCGCACCAUGAGUCCGAGAAAGAGCACCACUCUCAUGAGAGACCUUCCUACCUAUACAAAGAGCAUGCCGAGUACAAGCAUGAUGACAACAAGAAGCAUAUCAAGCUGAGCGAAGACCGUUCCUCUCACUAUGAGCCAGGCUAUAAACAUCAGGAGUUGGACUCACAUCACGACGAAAAGAAGAACGGCUAUGAUCAUGACCAUGAGGACUCUGAGAAGGGUCAAUACUCGCAUGGUAAGCCUAUUUCUCAGUACAAGAAGAAAUUCGACUAUAAGCAUGAUGACGAGAAGAAGCAUAUCCAACUGAGCAAGGAUCACGUCUCGCAGCACAAGCCAACCUAUCAUUAUAGGAAGCCGGAUCAUCAACAUGAUGACAAGGACCAUGAGCAACCUAAGAGGCCCGAACCUCAUCAUGAAGAUCAAGAGGCCGAGCACCAUGGGGGCUAUAAGAAAUCAAAGGACCACUACUCAUACGACAAGCCAAGAUACCAGUAUAAGGAGCAUUCUGAGUACAAGCACGGCGAUGAUAGCGAGCGUGGCUCGUUGGAUCAAAGAGUGAAGCUGGAUCGUAAGCACAUCGAUCACUACAGAAAGUCUGGACAUCAUAAGGAUCACGAAGAUGAAACGAAGGCAUACAAGGAUCACCAGUCUCGUCGUGAGCCUCACGCCAAGAGAUCGAACAAGCUUGUACCCAAGCUCAACACCACUCAAAUCCUCAACCUGGAAGCCCUUAAGCCGCAGGACCGAAAGCGACUCGCAAUGGGCCUGCCCCUUGAUGAGCAGACCAGAAAGGAAUUCGGCGAGUUCAAGGACUGCACCCCCAAGCUGAUUACCAAGCUCAAUGCCAUGUAUGCUACCAUCGUCGAUGACCCCAAGUACGCACCUUUCAUCAAGUACAUCAACACAGAACGCAAGUUUUCCGACAGAAAGAGAUCUGCUUCUGAGCUCACUCCAGAGAUGCUCGCAAAGAUCGAGGCUAUGGAUCCUAUGAUUCGUGGUAUAGCUGCAGACCAACUCGAUUUUGACGCGAAACUCAAAAAAGAGUUUGUGAGUGCCGGAAAGCUCUACCCCGGCCUUAUCAAGAAGCUUGAGAAGGAGUAUGCGCGUAUUGUAAAGGACCCCAAAUACAAGAAGAUCCUUGAGAAGCUCAAGUCUCAUGGGAAGCGAUCAUCCCCGCCCAAGAUCCCCAAUAGGAUACUUAAAAAGAUCGAGGCCAUGGAUCCAGUCCUACGACGCGUAGUGGCAGAGAAACUCGAUCUUCCCGCGAAACUCACAGAUGAGUUUGUAGAUUGCGGAAAGCUCGACCAACAUAUGAUUCACAAGCUCAACUGGGAGUAUGCCCGCAUUUACAACGAUCCCAAAUACAAAGAGAUCCUUCAAGAGUUCAACACCAAGUCCAAGCGAUCUAAGGGUCAGGACGAGAAUACCCAGGACGAGCUCAAGCCCCUGACCAAAGAUGAGAUGAAGGAGGAGGCCAAGUUCAAGGAGGAGGCCAGGGAGGAAGUCUUGGCCAGUGAGCCGAAAAGGCUCACUCCAAAUCAGCUAAGUGUGAUCGGGCGUAUGCCUAAAGUGCAUCGCGAUGCUGCAGCCAAAAAGCUUGACUUGCCUAAAGAUUUGCGAAAAUGGUUCGUGAAGAACAAAGUCUAUAAGGGUGAAAAUCUCGAGCAACUAAACCAUGAGUGGAUCCGAGUUCAAUCAGACCCUCAAUAUGCAGACAUUGUCAAGCAGAUCAAGGCGUUGGAAUUUAAGGGAUUCGGUGAAGAUGACCAGUUAGUCAAGGACAAAGCCAAGAAGAAAAUCGAGGACGCAGCCAAGAAGAAAGCCAGGGAGAAAGCCGAGGGGAUAGACAAGAUACGGAAGCGAUCUGUACACCAGCUUACCGAGAAGCAACUCGAAAGUCUGCUUAAGCUGGACAAAUACGAGCGCCAGGCCCUCGCGAGAAAGCUUGAGCUAGACCAGUCACUCGCUUAUGAGUUCGUCAACACAUCUAAGCUGAACCCUGUUCUCAUCGAGAAAUUCAACGAGGCUGUCUCCAAGAAUGCUGGUACUCCUCAGCACCAAGAACUCCUCAAGCUUGUUGGCCAGGAAUCCUCCAAGCCUAAGGAGGAAGAGCUGAAGUUAGAAUCUAUCAAGAAGGAGGUACGCCUGGAAAUCGCCAAGAGCCUAGAGUUCGACGAAUUCACCAGGGAAGAGUUUUUGGAGGCCAAGGAGCUGGAUAGCAGACUCUUGGACAAGGUCACGAAGUUUUGGGGGCUCAAGAGGAUGAAGACCACAGAGCAGGGAAAGAAGGACGACAUUAAGCACUCUGAGGUUGUGAACAAACUUCUCGAAUCGGCCCUGGAGAAGGAGCGCCAAGAAGGUGAAGAUCCCCAGCGUAAGGACACCGAUGAUAAGAAGCUCACCGAGACUGACCAGAAAAUGAAGGAGAAGCUUGAAAAGACAAAAGCAAACGGAUGGUGCGAUGAGUUCGUUAGCGAGCUUGAGGACGCCUGGGGCACUAAGAAGAAGAAGACGGAAGAUGAGAGCGGUGUGAAGGAGUAG